UCUGAAGAUCCCGAAGAUGGAAUGUAUGUCGCUUUUGUGAAUGAAAAAUAAUACGUUAUGAAGUCAGGAGUCGUGUUUUUUCCUCAACUGAACAAUGCGUUUAUGGGAAUAAACAACAUCUUAGCUCAUCCAAUUUCCCGUAGCCGAAAGUGUGAAUAAAAUAUGGACUAUAUAUGCAUUAAAGACGUUUUUCAUUCAUACUGAUUAUUACUGAUGGGUACUAUUUUCCGGGGCCUCACCCCACGUGUUCCGUGUAAUGCGGUAGAAGAAGGUACACCAGGCCGGCAGACUUAGAUGACUCCACUAUCGCACCUUUCCAAAUGCUUUCCAGUUCAUAUUGUUCAGUGACAUCAUUCAUCAGACAGUGUUAUUAAAUAAACCAUAAAUAAAUAUAUUGACCAGUAUAUCAUGAACCUGAAAGUUUGGUCUGAGGCUUCAUUAAAUGGUAUCACCAAAAACUUGCGUCCGCAUCAUAGUAGUGUCAGUGGGAAGCAGAGGAAAUUAAAUAAAAGAUCCUGGGAUUCAGACAUACCUUUUCCCAGAGUGCCUACAUCUUUAUCAGUCAUACUUGUUGGUACUGCAGCAGUUGUAUGCUAUAUAAAUUCUCUGGAUGGAGGAUUUGUUUUUGAUGACUCAGAGGCCAUUAUAAAUAAUGAAGAUUUGAAACCUGAAACACCCAUCUCAAAUCUUUUGUAUAAUGACUUCUGGGGUACACGUCUUACCCACAAUGCAAGCCACAAGUCAUAUCGUCCUCUUACUGUUCUGUCUUUUAGGUGGAACUAUUGGCUUGCUGGUGGUCUUCAUCCUCGAGGAUUUCACCUGAUGAAUGUAGCUCUCCAUGCAAUAGUAUCCAUGCUUUCACUAGCAAUAUUCAACCUUCUGUUAGGUGGGGCUUCCCACCGGUCGGCUCUGCUUGCAUCUGUGCUGUUUGCAGUUCAUCCCAUUCAUGCUGAAGCUGUGGCAGGUGUGGUUGGUCGAGCAGACCUGCUGUGUACAUUGUUCUACUUCCUGGGUUUCAUUGCAUACUGCAAUUCAUUGCAUUUUGACUGGGGCAUAUACCAAGCUGCCAUGUUGCUGCUAAGCAUGGUCUUCUGUGCCACAGCCAUGUUCUGUAAGGAACAAGGUAUCACUGUUAUUGGCUUGUGUAGUGUAUAUGAUGUUAUUGUGAAUGGCAAGCAACAUCCUAUAAGAAUCUUAAGACUGCUGCAGCAGUGCUUCAUUCUCCGGAAGAUAAGUUGGCCCCCUGGACAUUCUGAACAAUGUCCUAUGAUCACACCAUCCAAUUGUGAUACUCCAGUUGUCCAGAAUCGUUCUUGGGUUGAAACUAAUAAACAAAAACAUGGUUGUGUGAGCAAAGAGUUACAUUUGAGGCCCCUUCUGUUUCGACACAUGGUGCUUCUGCUCUCAGGGUUGGUACUACUGUUUGUACGGUGGCGAAUAAUGGCUUCAUCUGCACCUACAUUCCAGCGGGUUGAUAAUCCUGCAUCAUUCGCAGAUAGCAUUCUCACCAGGGUUCUCAGCUACAGUUAUAUAUAUGCAUUAAAUGGCUGGCUUCUGUUGUGUCCAGAAUGGCUAUGUUUUGAUUGGUCUAUGGGUUGUAUCCCACUCGUAGAAUCACUAGAGCCUCGCCUUCUUGCAGUUGGACUCUUUUGGAUGACUUUCAUUGCAUUGUUAUGGAAGUCUCUAAGUAUUCCAAGUGGAAAAGGUCAACGGAGUUUAAUAAUGUGUUUAGCUGCAUUGGUGAUUCCAUUCCUGCCAGCCACAAAUGUAUUUUUUCGUGUGGGAUUUGUAAUAGCAGAACGUGUAUUGUAUCUGCCAUCUGUUGGGUUUUGUUUGCUUGUUAUUGUGGGACUUCGAAAGCUUGCCAUGUUUCAUGGAAGUCAUCGGGCCAUUCAAAUAGGUUACACAUAUGUGGUACUUUUACUGGGCAUCCGAGCUGUCUGUCGCAGUGCUGAGUGGCGAACUGAGGCAGUGCUGUUCCAUUCAGGUCUUUCAGUCUGCCCAUUGAAUGCCAAAGUGCACUACAAUAUUGCCAAGAAUGCAGGAGAUGCAGGCAACAGAACACUUGCCAUCUUUGAAUACAGAGAAGCACUGAGAUUGCAUUCAGAGUAUGAUCAAGCAAUGAACAAUUUGGCCAACAUUUUGAAGGAUGAAGGAAAACUGCAUGAGGCAGAGCGUCUUCUGCGGAAAGCUGUGCAGCUCAGGCCUGACUUUGCAGCAGCGUGGAUGAAUCUGGGUAUAGUGUUAGCAGGUCUGAAGCAUCACAGUGAAGCAGAAACAAGCUAUUUCACUGCACUUGCAUAUCGUAAGAAAUAUCCAGAUUGUUAUUAUAACCUAGGAAAUCUUUAUUUAGAACAGCAGCGGUAUGGUGAUGCAUACAGAGCAUGGAGAAAUGCCACAGCCUUGAAACCAACUCAUGUUGUUGCCUGGAGCAACUUGAUCAUCAUGCUUGAUAGUAUUGGACAAAUGGAUAGAGCAGAGAGCAUAGCGCAAGAAGCGUUGACAAUUCUUCCACAAGAACCCUCACUUCAUUUUAAUCUUGCCAAUGCACUGGGCAAAACUGGCCGUUUUGUUGAGGCAGAGAAACAUUUCAUAGAGGCCAUCACUCUGGAUAGGAAGAAUGCUGUAUAUUAUACCAAUCUAGGAGUGCUGUAUCAUCGAUGGAAGAAGUAUGAUAAGGCAGAACGAUUGUACCAGCAGGCUCUGGAAUUAAAUCCACAUCUUCAGAGUGCCAAGGAUAACAUGGCUCUUCUGCAGAAGGCUCGGAAUAGAAUAGCCAAUCAACAAUGAUGCAUUACUUCAUCACAUUUACUGCUUCUGUCAUUGAAGGGAAUAUUGUUCAGAACAAUGCUGUUAACUCUGGAGCAUUGUCAUUUUUCUGUUGGGCACGUGAAAUAAGGACAUAAGUAAUAGAUCUCAAAAUUCCAGUGUUAUUAUCUGACAAAAACUGUCUGCACUUCACUAUUGCAGAAAUAAACUGUUUACUUGUCAGUACACUUUUGACUAGAGCAGUGGUUUGUACAGGUAUAAGAUAAAGAAAAAGGCAGCAUGACAAGGAAUAGCCAUUCCUAGUUAUAGUGGUGUAUAUGAUACCUCCAUUUUCUCUGCAAGGCAGAGGGAUUUUAUGGAGGGAAUAUUCAAACCUAGCAUUAAUCUGAUACUCUUUGUCUUCAAUAGGCACUUCAUGUUUUCAUUCAGUUCGUUUUUGUCCAGUAAUAACCCUGUACAUCUUAAUUUAUUUACAUUUGAACAGAUUUUUUAUUUGGAACUGUGACACUAUGGAAUUUAUGCCAGAAUCAUCUUGCUAUAGGAUUCUGACGAUGGUGUAUAACACACUGAUAUAUUGGGUUUUUGGACUUUAUCCAUCGUCCUGGUU